CAAAAAAGCGGCAAGGCGUUAAGAUUUUAGAGAGAAAGUUGAUAACUGCUUAUCUUCUUCGGACGCCAAAAUUUUCUUUAAAUCCAGAAAUGGAACAGUUUUGAAUUUCAAAAUGUUGACCGUUAAGCCUUUGUUUAUUUAAUAAACCCAGAGGCUCCACUAAUCGUCAAAAUCCCAAAUUCCAAAAUCUCCAUUUCUCUCUCGCUCUCGCUCAAUCUCUCUUCACAAUGUCGACAGUUUCUUCAGAUCCUGCUCAUGCGAAGAAAUCGAGAAACAGUAGAAAAGCGUUAAAGCAAAAGAAUGAGAUCGUCGAGUCAUCACCGGUCUCAGACAAGGGGAAAGAAACGAAGUCGUUUGAGAAAGAUCUGAUGGAGAUGCAAGCGAUGUUGGAGAAGAUGAAGAUCGAGAAGGAGAAAACUGAGGAUUUGUUGAAGGAGAAGGACGAGAUCUUGAGGAAGAAGGAAGUUGAACAGGAAAAACUUAAGACGGAGCUGAAGAAACUGCAGAAGAUGAAGGAAUUCAAGCCUAACAUGACUUUUGCUUUUAGUCAAUCUUUGGCACAAACUGAAGAAGAAAAGAAGGGAAAGAAGAAGAAGAAGGAUUGUGCUGAAACAAAGAGACCAUCAACACCAUAUAUUUUGUGGUGUAAGGAUAAUUGGAACGAAGUGAAGAAACAGAAUCCUGAAGCUGAUUUCAAGGAGACUUCGAACAUUCUGGGUGCUAAGUGGAAGGGGAUUAGUGCUGAAGAGAAGAAGCCUUAUGAGGAGAAGUAUCAGGCGGAUAAGGAAGCUUAUCUUCAGGUUAUUACAAAGGAGAAGCGUGAGAGGGAAGCAAUGAAGCUUCUUGAUGAUGAGCAGAAGCAGAAAACUGCAAUGGAAUUGCUUGAUCAGUAUCUUCACUUUGUUCAGGAAGCUGAACAUGACAACAAGAAAAAGGCCAAGAAGAUAAAGGAUCCCCUGAAGCCUAAACAACCAAUAUCUGCUUACCUGAUCUAUGCAAACGAGAGGAGAGCUGCUUUAAAAGGAGAAAACAAAAGCGUUAUUGAGGUCGCUAAGAUGGCUGGAGAAGAGUGGAAGAACUUGUCGGAAGAAAAAAAGGCUCCUUAUGAUCAGAUGGCGAAAAAGAACAAGGAGAUAUAUCUGCAAGAAAUGGAAGGAUAUAAAAGAACAAAGGAAGAAGAAGCAAUGAGCCAGAAGAAAGAAGAAGAAGAAUUCAUGAAACUCCAUAAACAAGAAGCUCUCCAACUUCUCAAGAAGAAGGAGAAAACCGACAAUAUCAUAAAGAAGACGAAAGAGACGGCGAAGAACAAGAAAAAGAACGAGAAUGUUGAUCCUAACAAACCCAAAAAGCCUACUUCUUCAUACUUUCUCUUCUGCAAAGACGCAAGAAAGAGUGUGUUAGAAGAACAUCCUGGGAUCAACAACUCAACUGUUACUGCUCACAUUUCAUUGAAAUGGAUGGAACUUGGUGAAGAGGAGAAACAAGUUUACAAUAGCAAAGCUGCUGAGUUAAUGGAAGCUUACAAGAAAGAAGUGGAAGAGUACAAUAAGACCAAGACUUCGUCGUAGAGAAAGAAAAAUUAGAGAAUGUUCAAGUUUGCUCAUAUUGAACAUCUCUACUUAUGCAAAAUGACUCUGCUACUUAAAUCGCUAGGCGCUAAUCGGGAUUAUAUUAAUCUCAAGAAUAUUCAAUACUGUACUACUUAAAUCGAAUUGUGGAAAAAAGUGGGGAAGCCUGUGUUAAUCUCAGCCGUUGGAUCAAAUUGAAAAUUAACGUCGAAGAUUGGAGAACUUCCUGUGGAAGUAUUUGUUGAGAUCAAUCCAGUGAAAUCCGACGGACCAGAACUUCCCACGUGGUGGUAAAACGUUCCACCACCGUUGAUGGACUCGUAAGUGUAUAACGGCGACGUGACGGGGAAUGAGAAAGCUUCGCUUCCAAGUCCGCCGGUACGUACGGUAAGACUGGCCCUGAGAUUCUGGUAAUUUACUGCUACUGUGUGUUUUGGUUUGGUUUCUCGUUUCUCUGGAAGUGGGAUCCCCUGUGAACAAGUGUGUGUUCCUCUGUAUGUUACUUCGAAGAUCGUUGGAUCACCGUCCGAUCUUUGGACUUGUUUCGUAGCCCAACAGUACUGUGUGUUACGAAAUGUGCAUCUGUAAUAACUCCUGCAAUAAAAACACAAAUUAGUCCU